GAUUCUUCUCCCGCCCUGUGCAUCUCCAUCGUCCAGCUCCCUACUGCGUGUGCACCACGAUCGAGUCCACGAGGAUGAAGCUGCUACGCAUCGUCUUGUUGGUUCUCCUCCUGCCGGCCGUCUCCUCCUGCAUCCCCGGCCGCCGCCGCCGGCGCUACGACUCCAUCUUUAGCUUCGGCGACUCCUUCGCCGACACCGGCAACGACGCCGUCGUCUUCGCUGCGCGCUCGCUGUCGACGCCGUCGACGCAGCCGCCCUAUGGCAUGACCUUCUUCGGCCACCCCACCGGGCGCAACUCCAACGGCCGCCUCAUCCUCGACUUCAUCGCGGAGAAGCUCGGCCUGCCGUUUGUCCCGCCGUUCCUGGCGCACAACGGCAGCUUCCGGCGAGGCGCAAACUUCGCCGUUGCCGGGGCCACCACUCUCGACGCCAGCUUCUUCAGCGACAUCCCGGGCGUCGGCAAGUUCGUCCUCAACACGAGCUCCAGCGUGCAGCUGAGUUGGUUCGACUCGCUGAAGCAGUCGCUGUGCAGCCCUGCCCGAGCCAUGAGGCAACGCAUCGGCUUACACAGUGGAGUACUCCGCGCAGAGUGCAAGGGCUUCUUCCACAAGUCUCUCUUCUUCAUGGGAGAAUUCGGCGUCAACGACUACAGCUUCUCCGUGUUUGGGAAGACCCUGCCAGAAGUGCGAUCGAUCGUUCCAGACGUGGUGAAAACCAUCUCCUCGGCCACUGAGAGGCUAAUCAAGCAGGACGGGGCAAAAACGGUGGUCGUGCCAGGGAUCCCGCCACUGGGAUGCAUGCCGCCCAACCUGGCGAUGUUUCCCAGCGCCGAUCCAGCAGGCUACGAGCCUGGCACAGGAUGCCUGAGGCAGCUCAACGAGAUCGCUGUGUACCACAACGAGCUGCUACAAGAUGCCCUCAGGGACGUUAGGAUCAGCCAUCCCGAUGUCCGGGUUAUCUAUGCAGAUUUCUUCACCCCGGUCAUUCGAAUCGUCAAGUCUCCUCGCACAUUUGGGUUUAUCAGUGAUAUUUUGAGAUGCUGCUGUGGUGGAGGUGGAAAAUACAACUUCAACAUGAGCGCUGGAUGUGGCAUGCCUGGCGCGACGGUGUGCGAGUAUCCAUCCAACCAUUUGUUCUGGGACGGCCACUUGACAGAGGCAGCCUACCGCUUCAUUGCCAAUGGCUGGCUAAACAGCUUAAAUGGAUCCUAGAUAAAAUUAUGUUGGAACCGAUCUGUUCUCUUUUAUGUUGUGAUAACUGAAAGUUUGAUGAAUUCUUAGCGAUAUUGUAUUUUUCUUAACCGCUUUGAAUUUUCAGUCAUUCAUAUAUUUUUGAAGAGUUUGAAG